GGGGUUUGGGCUCGAGGUUCAAUCAAACACCUGCGGAGGAGGAAGAAGAGGGCAAAAUAAACUGACAGCAACUCAACUGCAACAUGGGGAUAUCUGUAUCUUUUUUGUUUUUAGCUUUGGGAUUAUUACAUCCUAUCCAUAUGUCGUUUCCUGUCCUUCCUGGAGACUUGGAGGGAUCAGGAUAUGACCUGGAUAUUUCUGGCUCUGGGGAUUGGUCACAACAAGGUGAAAUGGAAAACAUUGAGUACAACCCCAACAGCGAAGAUGUCCGAACGUUUGCAGGAAACGCAGGAGGUGGAACCAAGACUACACUCCAUGAUUCUUCAGUCCUGAAUUUUGACGGUGCACACAAAGACAGCGGAUCAGGAUUUGUUUUUGUGGCAAACAGCAAGGGUUUCUUGGAGAACAAAGAAGUUUUUACUGCUGUUAUUGCAGGAGGAGUAACAGGAGUGGCACUUGCAGCUGCACUGGCAGCACUAUUAAUCUACAAAUGGCAGAAGAAAGAUAAUGGAGGAUAUAUUCUGGGCCAGCAGCGGGCUUCAGACGAAGAUUAUCACAGACCAGACAGGGAACACGUUGUUGUUUAACCUAAAACUUUCACAAUAAUGUUUGUGUAUAAAGGCAAUUAUUGUCAAUGUAGGGUCCAGGGACCCCCAGAAGUCUGUGACACCCUGCAGGCCGUCUUUGGAAAGCUUUCAAAUUCUUUUAUAUAAAUUAUCAUGAUGUUAGACGACCGUUCCGCUGGAUGUCCCUCACCUUCUGCUUUCAUUGUGUUUACGUUCUAAACUCCAGUCACUUUAACAAACAGCAACCAGAAUGUACAGUACAUCCGAGC